AUGUCUGGAAGCGAUGAGAAUAAGAAUGGAGAGUACGCGAUAAAAGUAGUUAAUGUUGGAACUGACGAGACAUCGAAAACGUUUAAAAAAGAAAAAAGAAAAAAAGAAGAAAACGAAAAAUAUAAAAAAUUCUCGAAAGAGUCGUCAUCCACUUUUAAAGGUCUUCCGAUGUUUGCAGGACGACCAACAGCGGAGCAAAACAUCAACCCCUUCCAACGCUUCCUCUACCAUCCUUUCACAUCCAAGAACAAAACUGAUGAUGAUAAACAAAACAUGACACAUAAAUUUAUGCCUCCACUACCAAUGUUAGCCCCAGGUUCUGCAUCACCUGUUCCUUUGUUGCCACCCUUCAUUGAACCGAUGCCAGCUUACGGAGCCUUCCUAGAAACAACUAAAAAUUUCCCGGAUAAUGAAUCCGAAAAAAGUUUGGAGGAAGUUGAAGAAGAUUUCAAUGAAUUGAAGGGCGAAAAUCCUUUAGAUCAACCACUAUCUCCAUUCAUUCCAUUUGCUCCCGUUCCCGCUCCUAAGGAAGCAUUUGAGAUCUCCACGGACAUUCAGUGUAUGAUUGACGAGAUAGAGUGGCAGGCAUUGCAAUCGAGAUACGGUGAGGAAAUGAUAACGGACGCUUUGUACCAAGAGUACAUCAGGAGAGCUAACAGGAUUAUGAAAAGUCACAGAAAUGAAGAAAUUAAUAAAUAUGGAAAAUGUUUGAAACUAAUUGCUCAGGGUGCAAUGCACGCUCACGCGAAAUACUCGAGCAAGACAAAGAGAGAUGCAUUGAAAGCUAUCAAAGCCAGCAAAGCGAACGGGCCUGACAAACCUGUGAUAGAAGAAAAAGAAGAUAAAGUAUCUGACGACGAAGAAACCAAACACUUGAAAAGAGAAAUGUUACUACUAGAAUAUAACUUUUUGAAAGACAGAAAGUUCAAGGGUGUUUUUCCUGAGCAAGAUCUUUUAGAAAAAUUCAUCGUAGAUACGUUCGAAGACAACUUGAAACUGAUGUUGACCCAGGCCAGAGAAGAAUGUUGGGCUAAAGCAGCGAAAGAACUUCAGGCGGCAAAAGAUAAAGCCCUGGACAUUGAAAUGUUGAUACAACUUCAAAAAAUUAAAAAUGAGAAUCCCCAUGCGAAGGACGUUACAAUUGAGAUCAAUCCGAUCACCAAGCAGAAGGAGAUAGUUGUGAAGAAUUAA